AUGCCUUUUGUUGUAACUGACAAGUUUGUGGAGCGUCUUACGUGUGGUGGUGGUGAUGGUGGCGGCUCAGAAGAUGGAAAUGUAGCCAUAAGGGGCAGUGAACUUGCUGGUGCAACUGCUAUUGAGAGUCAAGUUCCUGUUGCUGGCUCUGGCUCAGAAGAUAGCAAAAAAGUGUACCGUGCUCUCUUCAACUUUCUAACCUUUGGUAUCGAAUCUGAAAACCUCCCACCUGGCUACAAUGACGAUGCAACUGCUUGCAAAAGAACCUCGAAGGAACCAAAGGAUAAGUCUCGUAGUAAAGAGCUUGACCAAAACCAGUGGAAGGAUAUUGUUGAUUUCGUGGAAAGUUGGCAUGCCGCCAAAAGUAAAAAAGCCAAAACAGCUAUCAUGAAGCAGAAAGGACAAGGAGGCAAAGGAUAUCGAUUCAUCCAGAGAUACCGAGUUACUACUAUCAAUUUACCUGAUAACCAAGGAGAGAAAAAACAGUUAGAACGUUAUGACACUGUACAGGAGACGCAUGGUCCUGCUGACGUACCUACCAAGAUUGCUCUUCCACAGCUGGAAAUAUUUGAUGCAAUGGGAUCAAAUAAUAAAGCACCAGAUCCAAUCCAUCGUAUUCUUUCAAGUGCAACAGUUCAUUCAUUGAACCCAAUUUCCAAUACAACCAAGCCUCGGAUUCCCAAACCCGAUGGGGCAAGGAAGCCCAUUGUGUCGGGUGAUUGGCGUGAUCGCUUUCAAGCCGAUCUCAUUAACAUGACCAAGCGGCCAGCAAACAAUAUUCACGGAGUGACCAUGAGGCUCAAUCCAAACUUGUUGCCAGUCACUGGAAGACCUCGCUGCCCAACAGACCAAGGCUCAGUGGAAAGACACAAUGGUAUUCUGAAGCCACUGCUGGCACUGAUAGAAGAGGAAGGACGUCAAGCAGGAACAAAUGCCAACUGGGUUCAGCUUCAAGCAACAAUGAACUCAAGAAUUACAACUCGAACCCAAAAUCUCUCACCUUAUGGAAUUGUAUUCGGACGCAACUUUCACAACGACAUUACGUGUGAUGUUAACACCAUUCGUCAAUGCCGAACCGUUGUAGAUAUGCUGAAUUUGGGAGAAGUUAUUUCGCCUCGAUUUAAGGAAGUUGCAUUGCAUAUUGAAGAUGGAUUGGCAAGCAGUAUUACUGAUAAAAACCGAUUCAUUUUCAUUCCCACAGAAACAGAGAACGAAGCGCCCUUGAAGAAGUCAGCAGAAGCAGAUCUGCCACUUGCAUCGUUGGUGGCUAGUAUGACAAGCAAAACCCAUGCUCCAACCAACACAAAGGAAUCCAAGACGGAACCAGACCCCGUAGCUUGGCCUGAGCACAUAAGCGGAAACAAAAAACUCCACCCACGUCCUUCAUUUUCAGCAGUACCCAUCUCGAAACAACAGGAAGGGAUAUUGACGGCCAAGGCCGCCACCAGCAUGACAUCGCAGGAAGAUUUACUAGCCACCGAAGAUUCGUUUGAUAUGGAGCCAUUGCAAUUGGAGUCAUCACCCAUCACACUGAGGCAGAGGGAGGAUCCAAUCGAAACACCACCAAACCAAAAGCCAGCCACAUCAUAUGAAAGUAGUGAGGUGAAGGUACUGUCCCCAACAAAACAACCCGAAGCAGGUAAAAGCUGUCGCCUCAGUAUUGAAGAUGCCUUAUCAAAGUUCGAAGGAUACCACGCUGGUUGCUGGGAGAAGGAAAAACUCAAACCGCCACAUGAAAGAACUAUUGUGCCAACCUUUCGCACAAAAGUGAAAACCUUGAUUGGAACUAUAGGUCCAUGCCAAUCCUGUCCGCUGAGUAAUGUUGGAGCAAUGGUAAUGAUUGGAGAAGAUUCGUAUUGGAAACAGCUAGCUGACCGCCAAUCUUGUCACUGGAUGGAAUAUGCUGAGGUGGUAUCUUUCUGUAAUCUCCUGCAUCACACAUGUCAUCCAAAACGAGUUCACCAUUUGGUACUACGACAAACACCAGUUGUGAAGGAACUAGCAAGAAUGACAUCCAUGGACGACAAGCUAAACAGACUGCGAUCUCUGGACUUACCUUCGCUAAGCAGAGAUCAUACAUCAUCCAUAAUCUACACGAUCGCGUAUCAGAACAAUCACUUCGCUGUUCUGGUAGCUAUUCCAAAGAAGAGAACGUUGAUUAUCAUGGAUGGCUUUUUUGGAGGUGAAUCUGUUUGGGGUGACUGGUUGUUGCUUUUUGUCUUUGCUAUCACGGGCGGUGACAGUAUUCGACCUGGAUUGCGAUCUUUGAAAAUUAGCUACAGUGACCUCAGGGGUUCUUUUGAGGUAACAGCUGGAGCAGACUUACAUCGAAGUGAUCGCCAUUGGUACUGCAUCACAGCUAGUGAUGCAGUCGAUCAAACUGGAAACACAACUGAGUGCGGCUUUUUGGCCUGUGCGAACGUGUGGGCUCAAAUAUACAACUCCAAAGACCAGGAUGGGGUUGCUCUCUUGGAGACGUACAAAGCAAAUGCUAUCAAAGAUGUCACUACAAUUCGGCCUGCAAUAGUCCAAAAAUACAAAGGCAUGGUGUCGGCAUGGAGUGCCGUCGCAGGGCCAAGGGGGCUUCAUAUGAGAAUUCGAGAGUCCAAAAAGAAGGAAAGAAACCCCAAUCGAUACCAAAAACCAAUUCCAAGCUUUCAGUUGCCACUGAAUAGUCCGGAUGGGCCCAUCCACUCCCCCACAACACAUAUAGUAGAGACUCUGUCAUUAGAUGGAAAACCAAGUCCGAUCGUGGCCAAUACUCAAAAAGAAAUUAUGGUAAGCUCAGCAGGGAGGGAUCUACGUAGACAAGAAUGUCAACAACAGCGAACGAAACGUCAGAAAGACCAAGCUGAAGCAAUGAAAAAGAGGUACAAGGCUUCUCUACCUGACAUCCAGCUGGGGACGGCUGUCAAGGUCAAAGUGCAUAGCAAUGAUAUUCAUCAAAGCAAUGGCGUACCUGGUAUUGUCUUCAAAUGGACACCAUCCGGUGGAGUUCAAAUUAUCACUUCAGUUGGUAUUGUUACGAAGCAAUCCAACAAGCCAUAUAUUAUUCCAGCCAAUCAAUAUCUGGUCCUCCCUGAUGAUGCUGUUGCCGUCAUGCCAGAAUUGGCAAAACUCCAAACCGAUGUUAGAGCUUCCAGAGGUGUCUUAGAUCGAAGCGUGUAUCCUUCCAUUGGGCUGGUGGCUGCACAUCAAAAACUGUACGAGCGGGAAAGAGCUGCCCCACGCAAAUGCAAAUGUAAAAAAGGCUGUUCCAAAGGCUGUGGCUGCAAGAAAUUGGAGAUCAGCUGCAGUAGUACUUGUGGAUGCGGCGGAUUCUGCGACAACCCUUUCAACUGCUGA